UAGACAGACACUCGAUCAUUGGGUCAAUGGCAGCUCUUCUAGCUGUUCAUGUUCCUGCCUAUAAGAAAAUGGUGUUGUGCGUUACUUUAGGAGACAGAAGAAGAGAAUGAGUAGAGAGGGAAAAGUAGUAUGUGUAACAGGAGGUUCAGGUUACAUAGCAUCAUGGCUGGUCAAGUUCUUACUCCAACAUGGAUAUACAGUGAAAGCCACUGUUCUUGACCUAAGCGAUCCAAAGCAAACCGAACACCUGCGAGCACUCGAUGGAGCUAAAGAGAGACUUUGCUUGUUCAAAGCAAAUUUACUGGAAGAAGGGUCUUUUGAUUCUGCUAUUGAUGGAUGUGAAGGUGUAUUUCAUACAGCUUGCCCCCUAUUUUAUACAACUGAUCCCAAGGCAGAACUGAUUGAUCCUGCAGUGAAGGGAACACUAAACGUUCUCAGGUCAUGUGCAAAAGUCCCUUCUCUCAAGAGAGUGAUCAUAACAUCUUCAAUGGCAUCAGUUAUGUUCAAUGGAAAGCCUCUGACUCCUGAUGUGGUAAUUGAUGAGACUUGGUUUUCAGAUCCUGCCUAUUGUGAGUCAAUAAAGCACUGGUAUUUGUAUGCAAAAACCGUAGCCGAAAAGGCUGCUUGGAAAUUUGCAAAAGAAAUUGGAAUUGACAUGGUCACAAUACAUCCAGGGUUUGUGAUAGGUCCUUUCUUACAGCCAACUCUAAAUGUCACUGUGGAGGUUAUUCUGAACUACAUAAAUGGAGAAACAUUUCCUAAUGAAAUUUACAGAUUUGUUGAUGUUAGAGAUGUUGCAUCUGCACAUAUUCAAGCUUUUGAACAACCUUCUGCUAAUGGCAGAUAUUGCUUAGUCGAAAGAGUUGUACAUUUCUCAGAGUUGUUGAAGAUCGUCCAUGAGCAAUACCCUACUCUGCAUCUUCCUGAGAAAUGUGAAGAUGGCAAGCCUUUCGCAUUGAAAUAUGAAGUUUCAAAGGAGAAAGCUAAGAGUUUAAGCAUCAACUUCAUUCCCUUGGAGGUGAGUGUUGUGGACACCAUUGAAUGCCUGAAAGAGAAGGGCUUUCUUGGUGUCUGAUUCAUGCUAUAUUGAAGGAGAAGUGAUGCAGAUAAAUGCGAAGGAAUUCUGUCUGCAUUUCUGUUAUGUUCUUUUUCAUUGCCACAAGGAUUAUGAUGUUCAAGA